AUGUAUAAUUCUUCUUCGGUGAGGGAAGUCACCGGGGAGGGGCGCUCUAUAGCCCGUGCCAGGCUAAUGCCCCCAGUAAAGUGCCCCACCCCGGUACUUGGGGCAGCAGCAGGCACAGUCUUCUCCAGCUGGGAGGAGAUAAACAGGAAGUGUGAGCAUAAUACGGGCCAUGUGUACGGGGGGGAGGAGCUCCGUCCUGUCUCCAUCCCCGCCUGCACUCACCGGAGCGGUUACUCGCUGAGCCCUGUGUGUGAGUCCUCUGAAAAUCAUCUUGUUAAAGAUGACCUGGGAAUCUGUCAGCUGUAUUUUCUCCUAAAAGCUGCAGACUCCAUUGGACAGCUGUUAUCUGCAAGCAAGCCUGGAGCUGGAGACAUGAACGGUAAACCUGAAGAACAACUUCUCCACGAUGCCCGAAAUGGAAACCUGGAUGGAGUCCGAUCGCUUCUAGAAACCUACAAAAAUGGGCAGAUUACAAUUAAUAUAGACUGCAAAGGUAAAAGCAAAUCCAAUAUGGGAUGGACACCUCUUCAUCUUGCAUGUUAUUUUGGACACAGAGAAGUGGUAGAAGAUUUACUGAAGGCAGGAGCUGGCAUAAAUGUUCUGAAUGACAUGGGGGACACUCCCUUACACCGGGCUGCCUUCACUGGACGUAAGGAGCUGGUGAUGUUAUUGCUGGAAUCCAAUGCAGACACCACGGUGAUAAAUGGAGAGGGUCAGACAGCUGCCGAUGUUGCUCAAGACAAAGAUCUUAAAACCAUGUUGGAAGCUGUACAACGAACACAGGAAAGAAAACUAGAAGAGAUACUUCUGGGAGCUGCCAGAGAAGGAAAUAUUGCAAAAUUAUCAGAACUGCUUAACAGAGCUAAACCACCUGACAUUAACUGCGCUGACCAGCUGGGUAACACACCUCUGCACUGUGCUGCUUAUAGGGGGAUGAAGCGUUGUGUCUCAAGACUUCUUAAAAGUGGAGCAGAUGUAAAUAGCAAGAAUAAAAACAACCAGAAGCCAAUAGACCUUGCCCGGCGUAUAGAAAUAAAGCAAGUACUGCAAGCUAAAUCUGGAAAGUACAUACUGAAAAAUCUCCAGCGGUUUGAAGGCCUAUUAUGCAAGAGCUCCCGCUUCUUUGGGUGGAAACUUGUUUGGGUGGUUCUAGAGCAUGGCGUUAUGUCUUGGUUUCAGAAACAGUCGGAUGCAUUAAACAAUGUUUAUCGGCAAGGCUGCAAACCCUUAACUCAAGCCAUUUGCACGGUGAAGUCAUCGGACAAUGUGUCUUUUUCUGUAAAAUGUUUUGAUGACAGCAUUUACAACUUCAAGGUUUUUUCUAAAAACCUAAAGCAUGCACGGGAGGACUGGCUGGCAGCCAUUGAGGAGCAUUCAGCUUACAGCACUCACUACUGUUCUCAAGAUCAGCUCAGUGACGAUGAAGAUGAAGACCUGGUGCAUGUAGGAGACUUAAAAGAGUCACUUGAGUGUGCCCAGUUUAGUCAUCGGAGACUAGAUAAAGAAAUCUCCACGUUUCUCGGUACUUUAAAGAAGUUGGAGGACUCAAAAGAUAUUAAUCCUGAUACUCUGGAACAAAUAAAAACCAUAUCUGAUGCAUCCCAAGACACCUGCAGAGCUUUAGCUGACUGUCUACUACUUUUUACCAAGCAUGAUCAGGUGAGAAACCUGAAACUAGAACACGAGCAAGAGAAAAGUAAGAUCUUAUCAGAGGCGUUACAGACCUUGGCCACUGAACACCACGAACUAGAGCAGUCUUUUGUUAAAGGAACCCCUCCGCACCACAGCAUUCUCAGCGAGGAUGAAUUUUAUGAUGCCGUCUCAGAUUCAGAGUCUGAUCAUUCCUUGAGUGGAUUUGAGACAGUCGGAAAUUCUUCUGCAGAAGAGAGUUUGGAACUUGACUUCCAGAAACACAACAUGUCAGAUGACAAGAAGCCCGGAGGAGGGGACGCUACAGCUAAUGGCAUCAAAAAGCACAGAACAACUUUGCCGUCCCCAAUGUUUUCCAGAAAUGAUUUCAGCAUUUGGAGUAUUUUAAGAAAGUGCAUUGGAAUGGAAUUAUCCAAGAUCACAAUGCCUGUAAUUUUCAAUGAGCCACUGAGCUUUCUACAACGCCUGUCAGAGUAUAUGGAGCACACAUACCUCAUCCAUAAAGCAAAUCAAUGUACAGACCCUAUGGAAAGAAUGCAGUGUGUUGCCGCCUUCGCUGUCUCAGCAGUUGCAUCACAAUGGGAACGUACAGGGAAGCCAUUCAACCCGCUUCUUGGAGAAACAUAUGAAUUAGUUCGUGAAGAUCUUGGAUUUAGACUAAUUUCUGAACAGGUCAGCCACCAUCCACCUAUUAGCGCUUUCUAUGCAGAAGGUCUUUCUAAUAACUUUGUAUUUCAUGGAUCAAUCUAUCCAAAACUUAAGUUCUGGGGGAAGAGUGUUGAAGCGGAGCCGAAAGGGAUAAUAACACUGGAACUUCUUAAGCACAAUGAGGCUUAUACAUGGACUAAUCCUACUUGCUGUGUACAUAAUAUAAUAGUUGGCAAGCUCUGGAUUGAGCAGUAUGGCAAUAUGGAAAUCACUAAUCACAAGACUGGUGAUAAAUGUAUUCUAAAUUUCAAACCUUGUGGUCUGUUUGGGAAGGAAUUGCACAAAGUGGAAGGAUACAUUCAAGAUAAAAGCAAAAAGAAGCUUUCUGCUCUAUAUGGAAAGUGGACAGAGUGUAUCUAUUGUAUUGAUCCUGCUUCCUUUGAUGCCUUCAAAAAAAAUGACAAGAAAAAUGGAGAUGAUAGGAAAAACUCCAAGUCUGGAAGUUCUGAGGAGCCUGAAGAAAUGCCAUUACCAGACUCGGAGAGUGUACAAGCUAUUCCAGGGAGUACGCUGCUGUGGCGAAUAGUCCCCCGACCAGCCGAUUCUGCACAGAUGUAUAAUUUCACCCACUUUGCUAUGUCCUUGAAUGAAUUGGAUAAGGGAAUGGAAAAAGUAAUUCCCAAGACAGACUGCAGACUGCGCCCUGAUAUUAGGGCAAUGGAAAAUGGAGAUAUUGACACAGCAAGUGAAGAAAAGAAGAGACUAGAAGAAAAACAAAGAGCUGCUCGGAAAAACCGAUCUAAGUCUGAUGAAGAUUGGAAAACACGGUGGUUUUAUCAAGGCCCUAAUCCACACAAUAAUGCUCAGGACUGGCUUUACUGUGGGAAGUAUUGGGACAGAAAUUACACAAGCCUACCAGAUAUCUAUUGAUCGUGGCCCACUGCCACAAGAGGAUUCUUUUCAGCUGUAUGAAAUGUAGAUUUGUGUGUUCUGACUUUUCAUGCAACUUGCACCUUUACAACCCAGUAGCACUUAAUAUAAGCAAUCCUACUGGAUUUAGUUGUCUUCUUGUAAAGAAAAUGAGGCAAUAUAUGAUGGGUUACCAUAAAAACCACUAGGAAGUUUAAUGUUAAACUGGUGCUGGCAGAUGAGAUAUAUUCAUGUCUAGGAAAUGGAAUUUUAUGUGAAGCAAAAAUAUAUAUAUUGAAAAUAAUAAAAAUCAACAUUAUUUUGAUAAUCUCGGAAAAUGUUCAUUGCAACAAUUUCAGAAUCUUCUCCCUCAAAGUUCAGGCAAGUGUGGAUAUUGGUUAUGUGGGGGAGUGAUAGGUAGAACAGCCCAACAGAGAGAGAUAUAUCUAUUUUUUUUUUUUUUUUUUCAAAUUAUGGAAAAUAUGAUCCAAAUAUUAAGCAUGAAUAUAGGACUUUUAAUACUGGAUAUUAAAGCAUUGCAAUGUAAUUAUGUAUAGUGUAUACAUGUAUUUUUAAAUAAGACUAGGUACAGAGGAUAUUCGGGUGGUACCACUGCAAACAGGGUACUACACCUAGCGUGCAUGAAAGAACGUUCCCACUUGGAGCUAAAGUAAGUUCUAGGGGUGCAAUAUGAUCAUAUAGAAAAGCCAACAGAUGAAAAGGCAAAUUAAAAUAGCAUAUGCACUCAACCGGUAAAACGUAACCUUUAUUUGGCCAUCAAAAUGCCCAUGGACAUUUUAAUGGCUGAAUAUACAUUAAGUUUUACCGGGUGAGUGCAUAUGCUAUUUUUAAUUUGCCUUUUCAUCUGUUGACUUUUAAAAUAAGACUUUUCAUAGUAGGGGAGACAUAAAAGAGAAUUUUAGGGGCCCAUUCAGUCAUUUACAUAAUGUUUUUCUUGGAUAUCUGACUGUAAUAGAGCUAAUAUAAUGUUGACUGCAACAUAUAUAUCUAUGUGAAUAUGUAGAUUUAGAUGAUGCACCAAUAGCAUCAAGACCUGCUAGGCCGUGCAUGCCAGUCUAAUCCAAGGUGCUGUAUUCUGUUAUCUUUCUAAAUGCCAUCUGAUGAAGUUUACCAUCUCCAGUGAUUGAGAGAAUACAGUGAUGCUGAGUUCAUACAUUGAAGCAUUACAAAACAAAAUAUUCCAUAACCACUACCUUUUUCAGGUACUGGUAUACUAUGUAGUAGGGGUUGUGCAACCAUCUUUAGAUAAACUGCAUCAUUUAUUGAGCAUUCAUGAAAUCUACUGUAGUUAAAGGGGUAUUCCGCCCCUAGACAUCUUAUCCCCUAUCCAAAGGAUAGGGGAUAUGAUGCCUGAUCGAGGGGGUCCUGCUGCUGGGGACCUCCGCAAUCUCCCUGCUGCACCCGGCGUUCAUUUAGAGCGUCUGGUGCAGCGCCGGAGGCUCGUGGCGUCAUGGCCUCGCCCUGCUCGUGACAUCACGGCCACGCCCCCUCAAUGCAAGUCUAU